AGAAAGACCUUCCAGCUAACAAAGAACAUAAAUAAUUAAAAUAAUUAAAAAUAAUUCCAACUUCCAUUUUCUUAUAAUCUCUGACUCUCACAUAACACAUUCUCUUCUCUCUUUGUUCUAAACAGAUCCGAGACGAUGGAAGUGGCAAAACGACACGUCGUUGCGUUCUUCAUCGUCGUUUUGGCUAUUGUUUCAGUGAACGGCGAUUUAGGCGACGAUUCGAAGCUGAAGGUGAAGUACAAGCAUGGCAAGAAGUACUGUGAUAAAGGUUGGGAAUGUCAAGGAUGGUCAAUUUACUGUUGUAACCUCACAAUCACGGAUUAUUUCCAAACCUACCAGUUUGAGAACUUGUUCUCCAAGAGGAACAUUCCUAUGGUGGCUCAUGCCGCUGGAUUCUGGGAUUACCACUCCUUCAUCACUGCUGCUGCGUUGUUUGAGCCGUUAGGGUUUGGAACCACCGGGAAUAGGACCACGCAGAUGAAGGAGAUUGCUGCAUUCCUUGGACACGUUGGUGCCAAGACCUCAUGUGGUUAUGGGGUGGCUACCGGAGGACCUUUGGCCUGGGGUCUUUGUUACAAUCACGAAAUGAGUCCAAGUCAGAAAUACUGUGAUGACUUCUACAAACUAACAUACCCUUGUGCCCCCGGUGCUGAAUACUACGGACGUGGUGCCAUUCCUAUUUACUGGAACUACAACUAUGGUGCUAUCGGAGAAGGUAUAAAGGCGGAUCUACUUAACCAUCCUGAAUACAUUGAGCAGAAUGCAACCCUUGCCUUCCAGGCUGCAAUCUACAGAUGGAUGACUCCUGUCAAGAAGGCACAACCCUCUGCCCACGACGUCUUCGUUGGCAAUUGGAAGCCAACCAAGAACGACACCUUGGCGAAACGAGUUCCUGGUUUCGGAGCCACAAUGAACCUUCUCUACGGAGACAGUGUUUGCGGGCAAGGUGACAUUGAUCCAAUGAACACUAUCAUUUCCCAUUACCUCUAUUACCUUGACCUUCUUGGUGUUGGCAGAGAGCAAGCUGGGCCUAAUGAGGUUCUUUCAUGCGCCGAGCAGGUUCCCUUCAACCCGUCUUCCAAAUCUUCAUCAUCUUAAAUUAAAAUUUAUAUAUUUAUCAUUAUUAUUAUUAGCAUAUGAUAUUGAUGUGCCAAUCCCUUUGAAAGUGGUUAAGUUAAUAAGGGGUUCUCAAAAAGUUAUUCAUGGAAUGCAAUAAUUUAAAACUCUGUGGCAGUGUGUGGAUUCUUUAUAUAGCUUUUCCUGUUGCGUAGAAGCCAAGUCAUUUGUAAUAUUAUAUACUUUGUGAAAAAAUCUGUAUCUGGUAUAUAUGUACUUUAUGGGCGAUUUUGUUUUAUACAAACUUUGGUUCAUGAUGUUGUAAUGUAAA